AGGAGUGGACUCAAUUUUCCCAAAACUUUUAAACUCAAACUUGGCCGAUAUUCUCAACAACGAGUGGCGGCUAAAGCUCCAACGGAAUUUAGUUAAAAUUUCUUCAGAGUAAAUAUUUUAUACUACAAAAUAAAAUAAAAACUUAACCGAAAAAAUCUCUGACACACGGAGGAGUGGCUCUGUUUCAAUUUCCUCGGCAGCGGAAAUAUAAUCUCUCACUCGAAACAAAUCGCCAAGCCAUGACAGCACUCCAAGCCUCCACCUCUUACGGCGUCGGAAUUUCCUCCGUCGCCGCCUCCCCUCGGCCUCGUCUCCGUCGCCGCCGCGUCAUCCUAGCAAAUGUGGAACCGUCGGAGAAGUCUGUUGAAAUAAUGAGAAAGUUCUCGGAGCAGUACGCUCGUAAGUCGGGUACCUAUUUCUGUGUUGACAAGGGAGUCACCUCUGUUGUUAUCAAGGGACUUGCAGACCAUAAAGAUGCAUUGGGUGCACCACUUUGCCCGUGUAGGCACUAUGAUGACAAACCUGCUGAGGCUGGGCAAGGCUUCUGGAAUUGUCCAUGUGUUCCUAUGAGAGAGAGGAAGGAGUGUCACUGCAUGCUCUUUCUCACCCCUGAUAACGAUUUUGCUGGCGAGGAACAGGCCAUCACCUUGGACGAAAUCAAAGAAUCAACGGCUAAUAUGAAGUAAUCGAGAGUUUCGAGCUUUGAUUCGAAUAGUGUGUUUUAUGUAUAUUCGUAUUUUCAUGAGAAACAAUCUUGGUCAUCUUCCAAAUGUACUAGUAUUUGUCUUCCCUGGUCAUAUCUUCUAACAUCUGGGUUCUUGCUAUGGUGUCGAUCACUCUGUGAUUCUUUUGUUGUGGAUUAUUAUUAUUAUUAUUAUUUUUGAACACCAAAAGAAA